GAUCGGCUUCAGCUCAGACACACACAGACGAGGCUGAAAUGCAGUUUGUUAUCUCUGAACUUUGACACUGAGAAAAAAGGAGGAGACCAUAACUGAGAGAAACAGAGCGAAGGAGCAACGGACUUUUAUCCUGCGCAAGUGACGGGCUGACGUCAACAUUUAUACAGCUAUUCAGACAAAUCAUUAUCAGAUAAUUAUUCCUCUUGUGAUGGCUGCGAUGUCUAGCAGUGUGUGUGUCACCAUUACUGUCCUCAUGUGUGUCCUGGGAAGUCAAGCGCUGGACCUGCUGAGAGCUACUGCAACAUCAGGGAACGCUCCCUCCAUUCCCACAGUGCAUUGCUGGUGUUCGAGCUACCCAAAUGUGACUCUUUGCACCUGGCCGAAAGCUUCCCACUCCCCGCCAAUGCACUACAUUGCCACCUACAGUGAGAGACACCGAGAGGAGAGCACCCAGCACUGUCAUCUCAUCCCACCUGACUCUUCAUCCUCUGCUUCGAUUUCAGCAUCGUCAUCCGCCUCUGAGCAGCUCUGGCACUGCCACCUGCCCAACCUGAAACUUCUGACAGACUACAUCAUUAACAUCACAGCAGUUCAUUCUGGUGGCAGCAGCUCCCAUCUAAUGAGUUUUAUGGUGGAGGACAUAGUGAAACCAGAUCCCCCGGUAGAUGUCCGGGUUUCCCCUCAUAAUAUCAGAAACUUGCUGGUUCAGUGGUCUCCUCCUCCUACGUGGACCAACCUGGACAUCUUCCCCCUAAAAUACCACAUACACUACCAGUGGGAAAACAGGAGCACAGAUCUGGGUCCAAUUGAAGACACCAAGAUUGAGCUGAAGGGUCUGACCCCAGGGAGGACCUACCUGUUCCAGGUGUGUGCCAAAGAGCUGCUGGGUCUGGGCGAGUGCAGCGACUGGAGUUUACCUGUAAAUAUCACAGUACCAAGAACAAAACCAUAGGAACUCCCACUCACUUCCUCUUUUAUUUCCCCAUUGCAUGUUAAGCUAGCAGUGAAGUAAGCAGUUUCGUUCUUAGUUGCACAAUCAAUGCAAAGCAAAAGUUAUUAUUUGGUUUUAUUUAUAAAGGAAUAAAUGGAUCUGUACAGUAUACUGUGCCUAUUUGAAAUAAAAUUGUUAUUGUAUUUUGUUUUA